AGGGGGUGUUGUGCUACUGCCUUACGCCAAUGCAAUCACGACUGCCGCUCGCCACUGAGCCAGCAGCGCUCAAACCCUCUCACAUUCUUCCUCAUUCUCUCUCUCCUUCACACACUUGCUCUCUCGCUCUCUGAUGCAUGCACACACACACGCUUCUUUCUCUCACUUCACCGCUCGCUCACUCACUCGCACUCUCUCAGUCGUCAUUCUGUAACCGCACGGACACGCUCCACUUUGGUACAGCUCCCGUGUAUUCUCCAGCUAUUCUGAAGCUGUUGUCUCUGUAACUUGCGCAGCGCAUACACUCGCAAGCAUCCGUUCUGUUCCAGCGUGGGUUCAAACUGUACACAGCGAGUGGGAUAAUGAAAGAAAGGCACCAAAGAGGAAAGCAGGGUGAGAAAGGAAAUUAAAAGAGGAGUAAAAGCAGCAAAGGAGAGUCUGCUCUUGCAAAAAGGUGGGAGGACAGUUUGAUUCAGUGAAUAUUUGGAUUAAACUGGCUACGUCUCUGCUCUGAAGUGUCCCACUAAAGGUGAUGAGCUCCAUAAAUCUCUGAGUGGGAUCCUGACAGACCCAGGAAAACUGCUCUUUGGGUUUGCCAUACCCAGCAUAGCCCCCCACCUCACCCAUUCCCCAUAAACACCUUCACAAAUUGUUUCAGUGUGGCUCAGCUCUCACCACUGGACUUUAACUUGGGGACCUGAACCUCACAGAUCGCCAAUGCUAACAAGGAACUGCCUGCUGCUGUUCCUUUGGAUUCUUGUCGACGAAGGCUCAGUCUCUUCUUUACGUCCACCUUCACCACCACUGGGACGGAGCAGGACGGGGAGGGAGCACUCCAGGAGCUUGGUGGGCCCAAUGAGGAAUGGGGCAGCUGGAUUUCAACGGGUCAAAAGGGGCUGGGUGUGGAACCAGUUCUUUGUACUGGAGGAGUACAUGGGGUCAGACCCGCAGUAUGUGGGCAAGCUGCACACUGACCUCGAUAAGGGGGACAGUGCAGUGAAGUACACGCUCUCGGGGGAUGGGGCUGGCUCCAUUUUCACAAUUGACCAAACAACUGGGGACAUCCAUGCCUUAAGGAGCCUUGACAGGGAGGAGAAGCCUUACUACACCCUACGCGCCCAGGCUGUUGACAUCAACACCAAUAGGCCCUUAGAGCCUGAAUCAGAAUUUGUAAUCAAGGUUCAAGACAUCAACGACAAUGAGCCAAAGUUCCUGGAGGGACCAUAUAUGGCCAGUGUCCCUGAGAUGUCACCCGUAGGGACGUAUGUGACGCAAGUGACAGCCACAGAUGCAGAUGACCCUACCUAUGGAAACAGUGCUAGAGUGGUAUACAGCAUCCUCCAUGGUCAACCAUACUUCUCUGUUGACCCUAAAACAGGGGUUAUUAAGACAGCCUUGCCCAAUAUGGACAGAGAGGUGAAGGAACAGUACCAGGUAUUAAUCCAGGCCAAGGACAUGGGGGGCCAGCUGGGGGGCCUGGCCGGGACCACCACCGUCAACAUCACCCUCAGCGAUGUCAACGAUAACCCACCCAGGUUCUCUAAAAGUUUCUUUCACCUAAGAGUUCCUGAGUCUUCUGCCGUGGGAUCUGCUGUCGGUAGAAUCAAAGCCCAUGACUUGGACAUCGGGAAAAAUGCCGAAGUAGAGUACACCAUCGUGCCAGGUGAUGGAGGCGCCAUGUUUGACAUCACCACCAAUGAACACAACCAAGAGGGGAUCAUCAUUCUCAAAAGGCCCCUGGACUAUGAAAACAAGAAGGCAUACACCUUUAAGGUAGAUGCCUCAAAUGCACAUCUGGAUCCACGGUUUCAAAGCUUUGGGGCCUUCAAAGACACAGCAACAGUGAAGAUUAACGUUUUGGAUGUGGAUGAGCCCCCGGUGUUCAAUAAGCCCUCCUAUGUGAUGGAUGUGUAUGAGGACACACCCGCGGGCACCAUCAUUGGAGCGGUGACGGCACAGGAUUUAGAUGCCAGCAGCAGUCCAGUCAGGUAUUCCAUUGACUGGAAGAGUGACUUGGACAGCUACUUUGACAUUGAUCCAGUGGAGGGAACGAUUUCCACAAACGAACUCCUUGACAGAGAGAGCAUCGUCCAGCACAAUAUCUCCAUCGUGGCAACCAAACUUAAUAGUCCAGUUCUGACCAGUCGGGUGGCCGUCACUGUCCACGUGUUGGACAUUAACGAGUUCCCACCUGAACUCGCCAGUCCUUAUGAGACCUUUGUGUGUGAAAAUGGCAAAGUGGGACAGGUGAUUCAAACAUUCAGUGCAAAAGACCAGGAUCUACCAACUGCUGGACAACAGUUCUCUUUCAAAUCACCAAAGGAAGACAUAAAAAACAGGAAUUUCACCAUCCGGGACUUUGGAAACAACACAGCUGGAAUUGUGACGAAGCGGAGUGGCUUUAGACGCCGUUUGCAGGAGAUCUACUUCCUUCCUGUGGUGAUUGAAGAUAAUGGCUACCCACCCAAGAGCAGCACAGGCACCCUGACCAUCCGUGUAUGUGGCUGCGAAUCAGAUGGUUCCCUGCUAACUUGCAGUGCAGAGGCCAUCUUUCUCCCCGUGGGUCUGAGCACAGGAGCUCUGAUUGCCAUUCUUCUAUGUAUCAUCAUCCUGUUAGUUAUCGUAGUCCUCUACGUGGGCUUGAGACGGCAGAAGAAAAAGGAAACCCUCAUGUCAUCCAAAGAGGACAUCCGGGAUAAUGUGAUCCACUAUGACGACGAAGGAGGGGGGGAGGAGGAUACGCAUGCAUUUGACAUGGGGACCCUUCGUAAUCCCAAGGUUGUCAAAGAGAACCUGUACCGCAGGGACGUCAAACCUGAGAUGAAGAGAGGUCCCAGGCCGCCUGUCUCUCAGGACAGUGCUGAUAUCCGAGAUUUCAUCAACCAGCGUCUGAAAGAGCACGAUAUAGACAACUCAGCCCCACCCUACGACUCCCUGGCCACGUACGCUUAUGAGGGCAACGGCUCUGUGGCCGAGUCGCUCAGCUCCAUCGAGUCCCUCGCCAUAGACCUUGAGGAGGACUAUGAUUACCUCAGUGACUGGGGGCCCCGCUUUAAGACACUGGCAGGGAUUUUUGGGGAGCAGUCAGAAACUCAGCCAGACUCAGCCACCAUGGAGAACACACAUUGACGUUAUUCACAGACUCGAAAAGCAAAUAUGUAACAACAUUCUUUUGGUCGGCAAAACACAAUGUUUUACUAUUGUUUUCCUCCCAUGUUAUCUGUUUUCACCUUUUUCCAGCUCACCGUUUUCUAUUUUAUGUGGUACUUUUUGCUCAGUCCCAAAAUUGUAAAAAAAAAACCGAGGGAACAUAUGGUAACAUGAUUAGAUGAGCAAAGCAGCCAUUCAGUUACCUUUCAAUUGAAUGUUGUUUCUUGUCUUACAUUUUGUUUCCUCUUCGGGAAUGCACAUACACACGGAAAUGUUGUCAUUUCCUAGAACAUCCUUAAAAGUGCCUCAAUAUAAUUGUUUUUCAAUUGCUAUUUCAUGCCACAUAUCCAGUGUUGUUCCUUAGAACCCCAUAGGUUAAGCUGAUUCUGUCAGCAUAUACUGUGCUCUGACUGGAUGAGGCAUCUACCAAGACCAAUGUUAACUCUGUGGGGACAAUGAAGUGGCCCGAGUUUGGCCAAAGAUGUUUUGAAUGUUAUUUAUUGUUCUAUUUAUUUAUUGUCUGAUUGAGUUUGAUUAGAUUUUUGUGUAUUUAUCUAUUUAUCUCUGUCAUCAAUCUGUAUUUUUUAUUUUUGGAGACACUCGAGGAAUUUUGUAAUUAAUUAAGGCCCACAUGAAAAUGUAUGUUUCUGUUAGGUGGGUCCUGUGAAUAGACUUGUACUAGAGUUGUAAAAAAAUAAAUUAGGGCUAAAUACUGCAGUUCAGUCAUGUAAUAAACACAGUUUUCUUAAAUAAACCUCACUUGGACAAAA